AUGGCUGCGAUGGAUGUGGAAGCAAUGCCCGUGACAUCACCGCGGUUGAUGUCAUCGGAUGCCCCUCGUAAAAUCUACAGAGAAGUUGAAAAGGAUCCGAAGGAGGCGUCUGUGGAAAUUUCGGACGGCAUAAAGGAUUAUUACGUCAGCAAAAUUGAUGAGCUACAGUACGUAGUAACAGAAAAAGUGCAGAAUCUGCGGCGACUGGAAGCACAGCGUAACGAGCUUAAUGCUAAAGUUCGUCUAUUACGUGAAGAACUACAGCUGCUACAAGAGCAGGGCUCCUAUGUGGGUGAAGUGAUCAAGCCAAUGGACAAGAAGAAAGUUCUUGUAAAAGUUCAACCAGAAGGGAAGUUUGUUGUUGAUAUCGACAAAAAUAUCGACAUCGCCUCAAUCACGCCCAAUUGCCGUGUUGCCCUCCGAAAUGACAGUUACACACUUCACAAAAUCCUGCCCAGCAAAGUCGACCCCCUAGUUUCUCUCAUGAUGGUCGAGAAGGUACCCGACUCUACUUAUGAGAUGAUCGGCGGUCUUGACAAACAAAUUAAAGAAAUUAAGGAGGUCAUAGAACUUCCAGUAAAGCACCCAGAAUUGUUUGAAGCUCUCGGUAUUGCCCAACCGAAGGGUGUACUAUUGUAUGGACCCCCGGGAACUGGAAAAACUCUCCUUGCUCGAGCAGUUGCCCAUCACACAGAGUGCACAUUUAUUCGUGUCAGUGGUUCCGAACUUGUUCAGAAGUUUAUUGGUGAAGGCGCCAGAAUGGUGCGUGGUGAUAGUGAAGUCCAGAGAACCAUGUUGGAGUUACUGAAUCAACUGGAUGGCUUUGAGCCCAAACAAAAUAUCAAGGUAAUCAUGGCUACCAAUCGAAUCGAUAUCCUGGACUCCGCUCUCCUGCGGCCUGGCCGAAUCGAUCGAAAGAUCGAAUUCCCUGCGCCAAAUGAAGAAGCUCGUCUAGACAUCCUAAAAAUCCACUCGCGAAAGAUGAACCUUACUCGCGGAAUUGACCUCAGAAAAAUUGCCGAACUCAUGCCGGGUGCUAGCGGCGCAGAAGUAAAGGGUGUCUGCACAGAGGCUGGUAUGUACGCCCUGCGUGAGCGUCGUGUUCACGUCACACUGGAAGAUUUUGAGAUGGCUGUAGCCAAGGUUAUGCAAAAGGACUCCGAAAAGAAUGUUUCGAUCAAGAAGUUGUGGAAGUAG